GGUGGAGUGACGGAGCGGGGCAGACGAGGCAGCUCCCAGGAGUGGGGGGAAAUCCCCCCCCCUUCGGGUGACCCUUGGAAAGAGGGGAGGUGUCGGGGGAAACUCCCCCCCGCCCCCUGGAACCCAGCGGGCUCUUUAGUUAGGAGGAUUUUGUACAAACCGAGCUUGGCCGGGGGCAGGGGGGUUCUGCUGCCUUUGCUCCUGGCGUGCCCGGCCCGGCGAUGGAGCCCCGGCCCCGCGUGUGAAACGGACUCAGCCGCCGCUGAAGUCGGGCCGGGAGCUGCGGGGCGAGCGCAGCCCAGAGUUUGGUUGCCGGCGGGUGUCCCGCUUUUGAUUUUAUUUUUUGCACGACCCGGAUGAGUUGCUGAGGCAGGGGAGGGGGCUGAUCUCCCCCCCCCCCGCAAACACCCCCACCCCGCCUCGCCUGGCAAGUCGAUGGGAGCCCUGGACCCAGCCUCCGGAGCCAGCAGCCCCGCGCUCACCAUGCUGAAUGGCACCGACAGCCAAAGUUUUGCCAAGGAGCCGCUGGAUCUGCCGGGGGCCAAGGAGCCGGCCGAGCUGAAGAUGGGCGUCCCGGAGCGGUUCUACUUCCCCGACGCCCCGGCUCCGGAGGGCUGCCCGCUGAGCCUGCCCUACAGCCCCCCGCUGGUCCCCGGGGGCUUCCCCGGGAGCGCCCCGGCCACCGGCCGCUUCCUCAGCCCGGCCCUGAACAGCUGCUCCGCCUACCGAGCCCAGCCGCCGCCCGCCGCCGCCCAGCCGGGCAGCCACGGCUUCGCGCUGCCUCCCGGCGAGCUCUACCCGGGCGGCGGCGAGCUCUACCCGAGCCCGGCGGCGGGGGAAGGCUGCUACCCGGGCGCCGUGCAGCACGUGUUCCCCCGGGGCCCGCUCUACCCGGUGCCCGGCUACCAGCUCGCCGGCAAGGUCCAGGUGAUGCUGAACAACUACCCGCUCUGGGCCAAGUUCCACAAGCACCAGACCGAGAUGAUCAUCACCAAGCAGGGCAGGCGGAUGUUCCCGUUUCUCAGCUUCAACCUCUCCGGGCUGGACCCCGUGGCUCACUACAGGGUCUGCGUGGACAUCGUCCUGGUGGAUCAGCACCACUGGAGGUACCAAGGCGGGAAGUGGGUCCAGUGCGGCAAGGCCGAGGGGAACAUGCCAGGUAACCGGCUGUACAUCCACCCCGACUCGCCCAACACCGGGGCCCACUGGAUGCGCCAAGAGGUCUCGUUUGGAAAACUCAAGCUCACCAAUAACAAGGGGGCGUCCAAUAACAUCACACAGAUGAUCGUGCUGCAGUCGCUGCACAAGUACCAACCACGGUUGCACGUGACGGAGGUGAAGGAGGGGGAAGGGGAUGAGGCCUACCCCUCCGGCAACACUCAGACCUUCAUCUUCCCGGAGACGCAGUUCAUCGCCGUCACAGCCUACCAGAACGCCGACAUCACUCAGCUGAAAAUCGACCACAACCCCUUUGCCAAAGGCUUCCGGGACAACUUCGACUCGAUGUACACGACGGCAGAGGGCGACCGCGUGACCCCAUCCCCGCCCGACGCCACCAGCUGCCAGCAGCUCCUGCCUGGCAGCCGCUUCCCAUCCUUCCUGCACGAGCAGUACCCACUGCCCCAGAGCCGCUACUACAACGGGGAGCCGCUGCAGCACAAGGAUCCCCCCCGCUGGUACUUCACCUCCCAGCAGCCCCCCGCUGCCCCCCUGGAUUACAGCGCCUACGAGGGUAGCUACAGCGGGAACAAGUACAUGCCCUUCGGCGUGAAGGCCUUCCCCCUGCCGGCCUCGCCCCACGCCACGCUGCCCUACUACCAGGAGCCCCACCCCUUUGGCUCGCCGCCUGCCGCCUGGCAGCCACCCGCCAAGCCCAGCCCCGGGACGCUGGGCUGGUUCCGGCCCGUGCGGGAUAUCAGGCCCCUUCCCGCCGGCGAGGAGAAGGGGAAGGAGGCGGAGGGCUGGGCCGAGCCGGCCUCGGUCAAGUCGGUGGACUCCUCGGACUCGGGCCUGUUCGAGGCGGAGUGCAAGCGGCGCCGGGUGUCGCCCUACGCCUCCAGCGCCGAGAGCUCACCCCCCGCCCGCAACGGGGACCUGUACGACAAGGACGGGGGCGCCGACCCCGGCUACUACGGGUUCUACGGCAACUGAGGGGGGCAGGGAGGGAGCGUUUUCCUGGUGCUGAUGGGCUGGAGCUCCCCUGCCCCCCAAAUCAUAUCAGGUGUCCCCAGGGAAAGGGUGUGACGGUUGGGGGGGGCGGUUGCUGCAGACAGGCGCAGCAGAGAUGAAGGUGUGCGGGGGGGAAGCUUCUGUGGGUGACUUCGCCCCCUGCGAGCACAGUUCGAGCCCUGCCCACACAAAUGUUACAGGUCGUUGGCGUGUGUGUGUGUGUGCACGCGCGUGCGAGGCUGGGCCCUGCUGGCCCAUGUUUGUGCAUUGGCAUGUGUGCAAACGCCCUCUUGUGCCAGUGUGCGCAGUCGCGUACGGGGGGGAGGAGGCAGCCCCAGAGGUGCUCACACCCGUGUGCAUUUACACACUGACCCACACCCCAGUCACACACAAGCACAUGGCUGCACACUGUUGCACGUGCCUAUUCACCUGCAGCGGUUGCACAUACACAGGGGGGCUCACAUGUGAGAGAAAAAUGCACACGCCUGUGCGCAUGGGCGUGCUUCUUCCCUGGUGUCCUGACACACUCCCCCUCUAUUAAAUUAGGCAAACACCCAACAAGGGCACCCCCUCCUUCCCCCAAAGCACCAACAAUGCAGUUACCCUGCAGCCAGCCAGGGGCAGCAGCGGGCGAGAGCGGCAGGUCUGGCCCCACCCUGCUUAUCACUGAUGCCCAGAGUGCCUGUCUUGCCAACCGCUUCUCCCCCUCCUCCAACCAGGCCAGGGUGGGUUGGGCACAGGGGCACAUUAGGUCUCCUUCCCCCCUGUUGCUCGCUGCUGCCCUCCGGUGGCGACCAGUGGUGGAGGGAGCACCCUCCUAGCAGUCUCAUUUUCCCCCAUUGCAGCAGGCACCUUCCCCCACCCCCCGUCCCCUCAAGCGUGCAGAGGGUUUGGGCGUGAUGGAGGCCUGGUCCAUGCCCAGUGCAGCCCCCUGCAAGCAGGUGCCAAACCACGCAGGUGGCUGGGGGGGGGAGGGAGAGGGGGCAUCAGCCAGAAAUAUUCAUGGAUCUUGCAGCAUUUCAGAGCAGGGCAGGGCAGCCCUGUGUGAACCAGCCCCCUCCCUUUGCACUCCAGCUCCUGGCCUUCCGGGGGGGCUCUGUUCUCCAGUUCCCAAACGGCAGGGAUCCUGCCCCCGAAACCUUCCACCACUCGGCUACCUAAUGAUUCAGGGGGAGGGGGGUUUAGUUAAAUGUUAUUUUUCUCCCCUCCUUGGGGCAUGUCCCAGACCUGCAAUAUCUGAAGCCUCUAGCCUGGGAACACUGGAGGUGGAUUUCUCCAGCCAGACAAUCAGAGGACGGUGCCAGCCUGUUAGUAGCGGGCCCGGCCCUCCUUGCAGCCUGCCACGCCGGGCUGCCUCCCAUUGCAGGCACGGGCCACCCGCAGCCCUGCUGCGCUUGCCCAAACUGUUUACAUGCUGCCCGGCCUAGGCAGCGAAACGAGCGGGUCUGUUCCAGGCGGGGGGUGUGGGGGGGGGUGUGGUUGGAGGGGGUGAGGGUGUUUUUUUAAGAAAAAAUCUUUACUUUGGAAAAUAUUUAUUGACCUAUGUACAGAAUCUACACGUUCACCGUGAUUUGUUUUUUGCUUAAGACUUUCUUUAAAUAAACUGUAAAGCCCUGGUGCCUACACUGUGUAUGU